GGGGAGACCAGACUGAAAGCUGGCUCCACUUCACAGGAGGGGUUCCCCCCACCCUCGGGGCCCCUCAGCCUCAGCCUGGAGAGAGGGAGGUGGUCAGCCCGGAGGACUCUGGGGCUAGCAUUGUUUGGAAAGAAGGUGCGUAUAGGAAUGUGAGGGGGAGCAGGGUAUGUGUGUAGGGACUCUGGGGACGUCAGCAACAGAGCUCAGGCCCCCAGGAGCUGCUUGGUGGAGCAGACUUCCAUCAUCCUGGCCCUGAGGAAUGGGGAGGGGGAUGGGGUUUGGAGGUGAGGAUGGAGGAGGGAAUCAAUCCAGAGAGAGGUACAGGUGCCUAUACCCCAGGUUGAGGGGCACAGUGGGAGUAUCAGAGAGGGAGAAAGGGAGGCGGUGGGAUGACACGUCGAGGGGUGCAGUCCUUAACCCACAGUAUGUCUCUGUGUGGUCCAUGGUGAAGCAACAGGCCGCCUUAGCCCUUGCUUCUCUCAGUGAAAUGGGCUAAGUUGUGAACAGUUUUUGGUUUGCUUGAGGCUCAGUGGGGUGGGAGUCCUGGAGGCGUAUUUUCUGUAGAGAACGGGUUGCCUUUUGGUCUCUGGUCCCUUGAUUAGAUGCUGGGGUCCCAGUGGAGCAGGGGACAGGGCUGGGGUUCAGCUUAAUGUUCAGGGACCCUGCUGAGGCAUGGCUGUAAGUAACAAAUAGGCCUUGAUGAUCCUGGGGGGCAAAGUCUAGGAUGGAAGGAGAGAACACCCCUGCUGUCCUUAGGAUCCUAGCACCUUCCCGUAUGGAGCUCCAUAGCUACUGCCUUGCCUGAAGCUUUUUAAAACCUGAUUUGAGAGAGACGAAACUCGGGCCUUGGUUUCCUUUCCAGUGUACGGAAAGAGCAAUGAGCUCUUCUUGUCACUUUGUCAGUUUCAUGCUGGUAUCCCCAUGGACUGUGGACCUUCACGCUCUUUCUGGGGGGUCUUGCAGGCCUUGAUUUCUGGAAAGGGAAACUGAGGGUCAGGAGGGCAGUUGUGCCUCUAACAGCUCACCGUGUUGCAUAGAGUCCCUUGAGGCCAUGAAGACGUGACCCCUCUUGCCUUCUUCUGGGGUUCCUCUUUGGGGAGCCCCCCUUUCUCCCCAGUCCCCGCCCCCGGAAGUGCAGAGGCCCAGGAGCUGCCCGCUGGCAACAGCCACCGCAGGAUUAGUUCAGGGAAGGACUUGCUCACCUGCUCCUCCCCUCUGACUCAAGUCACAACAAGUAACCUGGUUCCCCUGGCCCGGCAGGCAGCCUAGGAGGAAAGGCAGGCAGGCCAGCAGGCGGGACCAGAGGGAGGGGCGGCCUUCGGCAGCGAGUGGAGCACCGGAGCCAGGUCAGAGAAAGAGGACAGGGAGGCCUGCCUGUGUCCUGGGACACCCUGAGACGGCAUGCGACACCCCUCAGCCCCCUGACCUGGGAACAAGGGGUGCUUCCGGAAUCCUGGACUAGACCCCAGAAGCAGUUUAUUUAUUUAUUUCUUCGAAGCUGGGGACCCUGCAGGCCGUCACCACAUCCUGGCUCAGGUUGGGAACGGCGUCACCCCUCCCUACUCUGUGCCCCCUCCUCCCCGAAAUCCAUCAUGGAGAGUAAGGAUGAGGUCAGCGACACCGACAGCGGCAUCAUCCUGCAGUCGGGCCCCGACAGCCCCGUCUCCCCUGUGAAGGAGCUGACGCACGCGGUGCGCAAGCAGCAGAGGGCCCUGGAGGCGCGGCUGGAGGCGCGGCUGGAGGAGCUGAAGAGACUCUGCCUUCGGGAGGCGGAGCUGACGGGUAUUUUGCCAGCAGAGUAUCCCCUCAAACCAGGGGAGAAGGCCCCUAAGGUCCGCCGCAGGAUCGGAGCAGCUUACAAACUGGAUGAGCGGGCCUUGCACAGAGAGGACCCCCUGAGCAGCCUGGAGCGGGAGCUGGCCCUGCAGCUGCAGAUCGCUGAGGCGGCCCGGCGCCUGUGCCGGGAGGAGAACCUCAGCAGGCAGGCCCGGCGGCAGCGCAAGCACGCCAUGCUGCAGGAGGAGAAGAAGCUCAGGGAGCUGGAGCGCUGCCUGGGCGAGCAGCGGCGCGCCAGCGGGCCCCCUUCUACCGCUGCCCUGCCCCUGGGCCGAGAGCUCAGUGCCUCAGAUGACAGCUCUCUAUCAGAUGGGCUGCUCCUGGAGGAAGAGGAGUCCCAGGUGCCAAAAGCUCCCCCGGAGUCCCCAGCUCCACCUUCCCGGCCUCUCCCACCCCAGAGCCUCGAGGGCUUGGAGCCCGCGGAGCCUGAGACUGGGGGCCUGGAGCGGGCCCCAAUCCAGAACAGCCCCUGGAAGGAGACUAGCCUGGACCACCCCUACGAGAAGCCCAGAAAGUCUUCUGAACCCAACAGCGAGUCCAGCAGCCCAGCCACCACGCCCCAGGAUGGGCCCAGCACCUCCAGCCUCUGGCUGCUGGAGCCUGCAUCCUACCAUGUGGUUCCCAUCCGCAGCCUUCCUGGCCAGCGGCAGGGCCGCACCAGCGCCCCAGCCACCCCCGAGAUCCAAGGCAGGAGGGGCCAGUCUCAGUCUCUGAGGACGGAUUCCUUCCGGGCGGGCCCCGAGGGCCGAGGUCGCAGCGCCUUCCCCCGCCGCCGCCCCACUUACUACACCGUGACGGUGCCCGAAUCCUGCUUUCCCCCGACCAAGCCCCCGCUGCCCCACCCCGCCUACCACUCCUGCUCGGAGGACAGCGGCUCCGACGUCUCCAGCAUCUCGCACCCCACGUCGCCCGGCAGCAGCAGCCCCGACAUCUCCUUCCUGCGGCCGCUGUCCCCGCCCCAGCCGCCUUGCCACCGCGGGGCCUGGGGCCCGGCCGGCGCGCUCUACCCGAAGCUGCUGCUGCCCCCCGGGCAUUUGGCACCCGGGCGCUACGUGCUGGUGGCCGAGAGCGCCCUGCCGCUGCCCGCCGAGUGGGAGCUGGGCCGCGCCGCCUUGGGCCCCGCCUACGAGGAGGACCUGCGCUGGCAGCGCCUGGUGGCCCCCCACGGGCGCGUGCUGCGGACCCCCUCGCUCAAGGACAGCCCCGCGGGCCGCGCGCUCAGCAAGGCGGCCGUCUCCGAGGAGCUCAAGUCGUGGCACGAGCGCGCGCGCCUCCGGAGCAGCCGCCCGCACUCGCUGGAUCGCCAGGGGGCCUUCCGUGUCCGGAGCCUGCCCCCCGGAAGAGAGGGCUUUGGGCGAGCCCCGGGUCCCCGGACACAGGUGGCCACAGUGUAUGUGCCCCGGAGAUCACCCGAAGGGGCCCCCGUGCAAGUCUUUGUGCCUGAGAAUGGCGAGAUCGUCAGCCAGGUGUAACCAAGGCCUGGUGUUACCGUGUGCCCCCCACACCCCGGCCCGGCUACUGGAAAAGACUUGUCCACAACAGGACUGGAGCCGAGCCCUUCCCCCCUUGAGUGCCUUCUUUAGCUCCUUGACCCCCAUCGCAGGUCGAUGAGCCGGGGCUGUGCCUUUUUUUUUUUUUUUUUUUUUUUAAUGUUUUUUUUCCAGAAACCCUGACUUUAGGAUUUAUAUUUGUGAUAUGUGCUCAAAAUCCCUAUAAUAUGAUGACGCAUUAUUCCCCAGAGCUUGGUCUACUGGACUUGAGGCCUUGCCUGUCUGACUGACGGCUUCUGUCUCCUUCGGCAAGCGGCAGGGGAUACGUGAGGCCGAGGUCACGUUGGGAUUCCUCACAGACUCGGGAUUCCUCACAGACUCGGCCCUUGGGCUCCAAGAACAUCCCCAGGGACCAGCUCCUGACCCUGGGACUGCAGCUAGAGGCAUACUAGUGUGCCUCCCCCACCCCACAAUUUCCUAGCUCUGUGGGUACUGUAGGGGUGUGGGAGCAGGGGGAGAAUCGUCUUCCCCCUUUAUAAUGUGCUCUGUGAUGCACACACGAAGUGGUAGGUUCAAGAUUCUAUGUCCUGGUGGAGUAUUGUCUUCCUGGAUGGACCCUGUCUUUUCCUCACCCCGUAACCCCCAACCCUGCCCCAGUCAUUUACCAUGUGCUGUCUGUGCCCUCUGGGCUCCCACAUCGACUCAGACCUCUGAGCCUUGAAUUUGAGGCUUUGCCAGAUUGUAGCAUUCGGAGGCCCAGGCUGGGGGCUGGCCUGUGGUGUUUGGCGGGGGGCAGCUCAUGCUCUGACCAGCUUCUCUGGGCGUCGUGAAGACUGGCAACCCCACCCUUCCUUCUGUCACCUUUUCACUGUAGUCCUAAAAAGCAGUGCCUUACCACGUGUUUUUGGAAAGGCCCCAUGUCUGUGGUGUGUUCUUGUAGGCAGGGGUGGGGGUCCCUGCCCUGCCGCUCUCCAGCCAGCUGUGCUUCUGCUCUGAGACUGGGUUUCCUUGAAAGAGGGCAAGUCCUUAUUUUUACGGAUAUGGGAUUACUCACUCUCAAGAGCAUUCAUUAAUUGUCCCAUGUGCUAAGACCUGAGCAGGCCUGGAAACGGCCUGUGCUAAGACCAUCCCGUAGUCCCUGGGUCCUCAUCCUUGGGCCUCUUUGCUCUCAGAGCUAACUUCAGAUUCUGUCCAUGCAGAACCCUUUCCUCUCUGAGUGCCCUGGACUAGGACAGAAACUACAAAUACAGCUUAAACCUCCAAGAACUUUGGUGCCUGACCCCAAAGAAAUCCAGUUCUCCCCCUCCUGGACAGAAGGCGGUGUGGCCAGCUGUGCAAGGUUGCCAAGGGAGGAGCUUAGGUGGCCCGUCAGGAAUCUGGGGGAGGGGAGGAGAGCCUGGGGAUAAGCACCUGCAUACCUGUCACUACACUCUGACCACAUCCUGCAACUCCCCCACUUUUUGGGUGGACACCGGCCCCAUGACAUUUGAAUCUCCUACUUUGGAUUCUUGUUCUCUUGUUUUGUCUCGAAGCCCCUUUCACUAAUGUACAGUUAUUUCCCCUCCCCGUGUCCUUCUGGGAGCCCAGAGCUCCCUAGGCUGAGCCAGGAGACAUCCAAGCACCCCCACACACAUGAGUGUCCUUUAUGUUAACUUAUUGGUCCUGUAUGAUGCCUGGUACUUGGCUGCGGGGCUGAAACUGUGUGGGUUUUAGUGCCAAAUAUGUCAAUAAAGUCUGUUCUUUGUGA